AUCAUGGAAAUUGUGGACAGACUAGCGGUAUUUCCGACGGCCAGCUCAUACACGAGUGUGAAGUGUCGUUUGGUUUGCGCACGCAGGAGUCGCGGUUUGCUAGCGAAAAAGGUCGACGGUCUCUUAAUCCGAUUUCGCGAUAUUAUGUUGCGAUUAUUCGAAAAUAAAUCGCAACUCGGCGAAGUCAUGAAAGUCGCGGCUUUUUCGUUAGCCGAAGUGAAUUACGCGACAGGUGGCGUAAGCGGAUUGGUCCUGGAGACGGUUGAUAAAGCCAGAACCAGGAUUCAAUGCAGAGAGGAGAUCAUGGGCGGAGUUCGAUUAAGGAUUUACGAGCCCUACCGCAACGGUGACGAUCCUUUCGAAUUCACCGGAUUAGCCAGAGGCGGUCAACAAGUAAUUAUCGUAUAUACUGUACUAGCAUAGUACUUAAUACGCCAGCAGGUUGCUAGAUUAAAGAAGAAUUAUGGAAAGGCGAUCGAUCUGCUGAUCGAAUUGGCAUCGUUGCAGCAUAAUUUCCAUAUGCUGGACAGGGUAAUCAAGGCGACCAAUCGUCGCGUAAAUGCUCUGCACUACAUCAUUAUACCGCGAUUAGAACGGACUUUUGCGUAUAUCGUCACCGAACUCGACGAAUACGAGCGAGAAGAAUUCUAUCGCAUUAAGAAGAUACAAGAGUUGAAGAUAAAGCGACAUAACGGGAAAUUUUCCUACAAUUCGAUUCAAGAUGCGGGUAUAUUCGAUGAUACAGACGAAGAUCUCCUUUUUUGACGCUAUUAAAAAAACAAGAUUCUCGCCUUCACGAGAACGCACGUUUGAAUUUUCAGGAAGAAAGGAAUCCGUACGCGUUAUUGUUUACAUUGUUUAAUAAAUUUCACCCUACUCAGAGGAAGAAAAGGGGGAUACAGGCACCCUGCAAUAAAUGCCGGAGCGCGCCAGACAACCGAGGAGAAAGCGCGAUGACAGAACGAGAUGGGAAACGAAAAUCGGAGAGGGAUCCGAGCGCGCAGCGGGCCCAAUUAUACCAAGAAAAUACAGCCCAUAAAACCAGCCUAACUGCUGCCAAACAUCGGAAUAUGAUAAUGAGAACAUGACUGUUGCUCUUCCUUGCCUUCUAGCCUCGUAGAUGGAUUUCAUAGAUGUAGCAGCUGCCAAAAUGAGAGAGAAAUUUUUUUCUAAAUUUCAACUGUUCUAUCAGAUAUUUUGCAUGAUGAAUUUUGCGCUAAAU